CUUCUGAAUUUCAACGUUUUAUUUCUGAGGUUAGAAGGGUUUUGUAGAUUGAGAGAUUCCAUCUCUCUCUAUAUUUCUCUCAUUAUCUGAAUUCGGUCAUUCGUUUGCUCGAUUGCGUGUAUUGGCUUGUGAAUGGAACGGAAGGGUGUAUAGUGGCCUUGCAGGAUUUUGGAGGAAAAUGUUAUAUUUGAAGCAACCGAGCAUUGUUUUAGGGUUUUGGAGUUCGGAACUCUGGUGAUCUCUUCGAACGCAUGUCCUUGUGAUCACUCCCGAGCCUGAGGCUCGGGAUCCGUACCAUGGCGUCAGAGAACGAGCCACAGGCUUGGAUCGAGGAGGAGCCGGAUCCGAGUGGUUGUUAUUUGCAGAAAUUCAAGCUCUACGAGACUCGAUCGAACUUUUACAUGAUAGGUAGAGACAAGAGUAGAACAUUUUGGAGGGUAUUAAAGAUAGACAGAUUAGAGCCUUCUGAGCUGAAUAUUCUUGAGGAUUCUACCACAUACUCAGAAGGUCAAUGUUAUGAUUUGUUGAAGCGGAUACAUGAAGGGAACAGGUCCACAGGUGGACUUAAGUUUGUCACGACUUGUUAUGGAAUCAUUGGGUUCAUUAAAUUUUUGGGGCCAUACUACAUGCUGCUUAUUACAAAAAGAAGGCAGAUUGGUGCAAUUUGUGGGCAUACAGUAUAUGCAGUCACCAAGAGCGAAAUGAUUCCACUGCCAAAUCCUACUGUGCGGUCAAAAAUGGCUAAUUUUAAGAAUGAGAACAGAUACAAGAAGCUCCUAUGCACAGUGGAUCUUACAAAGGACUUCUUUUUCAGCUACUCAUACCAUGUUAUGCGUAGUCUUCAAAAGAACUUAUGUGAUAAUCAGACAGGUCAAGUGCUUUAUGAGACUAUGUUUGUCUGGAAUGAGUACUUGACUCGGGGAAUACGGAAUCACCUCAAGAAUACUCUCUGGACUGUUGCUUUGGUCUAUGGCUUUUUCAAACAGGCUAAACUUUCAAUUUCUGGGAGGGAAUUUAAGUUCACUCUCAUUGCUAGGCGCUCACGUCAUUUUGCUGGCACCAGAUAUCUCAAACGAGGUGUAAAUGAGAAGGGUAGUGUGGCUAAUGAUGUUGAGACAGAACAGAUUGUGUUUGAAGAUGUUCCUGAAGGAUGUCCAACACAAAUAAGUUCUGUUGUACAGAACCGGGGAUCAAUUCCCCUAUUCUGGUCCCAAGAAACUUCACGAUUGAAUUUAAAACCUGAUAUUAUAUUGUCUAAGAAGGAUCAAAAUUAUGAAGCUACUAGGCUUCAUUUUGAGAAUCUUGUCAAGAGAUAUGGAAACCCAAUUAUUGUUUUGAAUUUAAUUAAGACACUAGAGAAGAAGCCCCGGGAAUCCAUACUUCGUGCAGAGUUUGCAAAUGCAAUUGAAUUUAUUAAUAAAGAUCUAUCAGAUGAGAACCGCCUAAAGUUUCUCCAUUGGGAUCUACACCAACAUUCUAGGAACAAAGCUGCAAAUGUUUUGGAACUACUUGGCAAAGUGGCUGCAUAUGCGUUGAACUUAACAGGUUUCUUUUAUUGUCAAGUAACACCAUCUUUGAGACCUGAGGGAUCUUUGAAGUGGGCCCGCUUCAGGAAAGAUGAUGCUGGUGACUGGUCUAGUCAGAACCAUUGCAACAAUAACAUGGAUGACACGGAUAACCUGGAAGCAGGACAGAGCAAAGAUAGUCAUGAUGCCAGCAAUCAUUUAUUCAAACCACCCAUGUUCCAAAAGGGUGUCCUCAGGACUAAUUGUAUAGAUUGCUUGGAUCGCACAAAUGUUGCCCAGUAUGCUUACGGUUUGUCUGCUCUUGCGCAUCAGCUUCUUGCCUUGGGGUUUAUUGAUGUACCAAAAAUAGACUUGGAUGCCCCUUUAGCGGAUGAUUUAAUGAGGUUUUAUGAGACAAUGGGUGACACCCUUGCACUCCAAUAUGGUGGAUCUGCUGCUCACAACAAGAUAUUCUCUGAGAGAAGAGGUCAAUGGAAGGCAGCAACACAAUCCCAGGAAUUCUUCAGAACUCUUCAACGAUACUAUAACAAUGCCUACAUGGAUGCUGAAAAACAAGACGCAAUAAAUGUGUUCUUGGGGCACUUCCAACCACAAGAGGGUAAACCUGCGCUUUGGGAACUAGUUUCAGAUCAGUAUUACAAUGUUGGAAGAAAUGGUGAUCCAUUUGGGGAUGAAAAUGCAAGGUCAUGUUUCAAAAGAUCUUUUUCAGAUGGCAACAUACUUUCUGAAAACUCCACACCUAUAUUGGCUACAAAUGUUGUGCAGAAGAAGCUUUCUAACUCGGCCUUGCCUGAAAGUAUGCAAGGAGGAGGUAGCAAGGGUUUCUCGGAGUCCACACCGGAAAUCUUAACCUGUGGAAGUGAUUUAUUGUAUUCAAGGUACAUACCAUCAAUGGCUCGAAGGCAGCUAUUUACAGAGAUGCAGAAAGACCAAUGUAUUGGAAGCAAUCAGAUUUAUCUUAAUGAACAUCGUGAUACAUUCAACUGCUCAAAUUUUCUUGAUGUUGACUGGCUCUCUUCCUCCGGGAAUUCAUGGGAGGAAGAAAUAUCUGACAGGUCUGGCCUCAUGAGCUCUCCAAUUACAGGCUUGUCCUCGGUGAAUGUUGUGAAUGGAAUAACAAUUGAAACAACACCACCUCAAAGCAAGUAUGGAUCCAGCAUGAAGGUAAAGGUGCAGACAGAAGCAGAUUUAGACACUCUUCGUGAAUUUUCUGACGGCUUUGUGCGUUGGGUAACUUAUGGAGAGACACUAUGCCAUUAACGCCCACCAAAAUUUUCCUUUUAUCAGUAUUUAUUCCCUUGCUUUACCUAACUUAACCUUUUUCAAGGAUGCCAGACCCUAAGUGGAAACUAUGGAGGGAAUGGAAAAGCAAAUUGGGGAAGCAGCUAAUGCGGUGGUACCGGCAUUCUUUUGUAAGAUAAAUCUCCCUUAAGUGAGGACUAAUUGGCUUUUUCAUGUAUGAUUUGCAGCAUUUAUUUGAUCCUGAAAACCUUGGUCGGAGUCCCAUAAAAAAAAGUAUGACGUAAAUAGGUACGGUUAUUCUUUUUGGAGCUCUUUGUUCCUUUCUCUUUCCCAGUCAAAUGGUUUCCAGGAUUCACCAAUCUUGUAAAUAUUUAUAAAUAUAUUCUGCUCAUUUGAGCUCCACUUUGCUUUCGGUCA